AUGGCAGAUGUGAUGACUUACUCUGAAAAGACUAAAACCAAUGAAUUAUCUAUUUUUAUUGCAGACAUUAAUGAAUGCCUGCUUGAAAACAAUGGUUGUGAACAAGGAUGUGAAAACACCAUAGGAAGUUAUCGAUGUAUAUGUCGUCAUGGUUACGCUACAGCUGGACGCCAAUGUCAGGAUGAGAAUGAAUGUAGUUCAUUUGGUAUGUGUUCUCAUCAGUGUAUCAACACAGAUGGAGGAUUCCAGUGUUUAUGUCCACAUGGCUAUGUACUACAAUCUAAUGCUGGCCACUGUCAAGAUAUUGAUGAAUGUAGUAAUAACUACAGAUCUAGGGGGUCUUGUUCAUCUUCUAUUUGUCAUGGAUCUAGAGGGACACCUUGUAGUCAUGGUUGUGUUAAUACUGAGGGCAGUUUUCAUUGCAUCUGCCCUCCUGGUCAUGUUUUACAAAUUGAUGGUAAAACUUGCAUCUCAGAUCCUGGUGAUGUUAACUGCAAUCCUGUAUGUCUGAAUGGUGGGAUGUGUCAACUUUCUGACGGUUGUUUUACAAGCUGUUCAAACACUGUGUGUAUUUGUUUGCCUGGAUUUUCGGGACUUCAAUGUGAAAUUGGUGAUAAUAGCUGCCAGUUUGAAUGCAGUAAUGGUGGACAGUGCAUCGAUGGUCAUUGUGUUUGCCCACCAGGACUGAGUGGUGUAUCAUGUCAAAUAGAUGAGAAUGAAUGUGAAACAGAGAUUGGAGAGUCAUGUGAAUAUCAAUGUCAGAAUACAUUUGGAAGUUAUCAUUGUUUAUGUCCAGCAGAAUCCACAUUGAAUUCAGAUGGCAUGACUUGUAAAGAUGUGAAUGAAUGCACUGCUGGCAUGAUGAGCCCAUGUAGUUAUCACUGUGUCAAUACAUUAGGUAGUUUCUACUGUACAUGUCCACAUAACUUUGUAUUAAAUGACGACCAAAGGACUUGUAAAGGAUUAUUUGACUGCAUUCCACCAUGUGAGAAUGGUGGUAGUUGUGAGACAGGUAGCUGUGUUUGUACUGAAGGGUUCACCGGUCUGCUCUGUCAACAAGAUGUAGAUGAAUGUGCUAGGAAUCCAACUUUGUGUUCAUUCCAGUGUGUCAACACUCAUGGUAGCUAUCACUGCAUAUGUCCACAUGGCUUUCAACUCACAGUUAAUAACACAUGUAUAGACAUAAAUGAAUGUCUAAAUGAAGUUUUAGAGUGUGAAUUUGACUGUUUAAAUACCAUGGGUAACUAUCAAUGCAUUUGUCCACCGGGAGAACAACUUGCACCAGAUGGAAAGAGUUGUAUAGUUAUACCUUGUGUUCCUGCUUGCCUGAAUAAUGGUACAUGUAUGACAGGACAAUGCACGUGUCAUGGGAUGUACACAGGACUAUACUGUGAGACUGCGAUUUGUGACCCUGCAUGUAAGAAUAAUGGUGUAUGUACACAUGGUGUGUGUGAGUGUACUGAGAAAUACACUGGACCAGACUGUACCACACCUGUACCUAGGCCUAAUUGUAGAAGUCCAUGUCUAAAUGGUGGUAGAUGUGUCAAUGGUGUCUGUCAGUGUACUACUCUAUUUGAAGGACAUGACUGUAAUCAACCAAAACCAAGUUGUGAUAAUGAUUGUCAGAAUGAUGGGAUAUGUGUUGGUGAUAUAUGUGUAUGUACAUAUGGAUAUACUGGACCAGAUUGUUCAACUGUGACUAGUUGUGAUGAUGAUUGUCAGAAUGAUGGGAUAUGUGUUGGUGAUAUAUGUGUAUGUACAUAUGGAUAUACUGGACCAGAUUGUUCAACUGUUAUAGAGAUUCCAUGCAUUCCAUCUUGUGUAAAUGGUGGGUAUUGUCUAAAUGGUAAUUGUCAAUGUCCUGCUACUUAUACUGGACCAGAUUGCUCCAUUCCAGGCAUUGCAGGGUCUCAACUCGGCGGAGGGGAGAUCACUCCUGAAGUAGAACCGCCAAAUCCACAUAUCUCUGUAGCACACAGAUUGCACAUAGCCGACCCCUGGACUUUCAAGGUGGUGAUACACAGUUACAAGAUCCCGCUGCGAUUUCCACCUCCUCUGUCAACAGCCCUCCCAUUGGGGGUGCUGCCAGGGGAUUCCCGCAAAGCAGAAGCAAUCCGACAGAGUUUGCUUACAAAGGGCGCUAUAUACAGGAUAGAGGACCCGGCCAUAAGUCCGGACUUCUACCCGCAAGUGUUGGUGGUUCCAAAUACUACAGGUGGCUGCGUCCAGUUCUGGACUUAA